AUGUCCACUCCAGUUGACAACUCUUUGACUGGUCUCAAGGCAUCCACUGCCCAGAUCAUGGCCAUCAUCAGUGUUCACUUGUGGCAGGCUCAAGUGAUCAAGGACUAUGGGUCUGGACCCCUGCCUGGCAUCAUGCUUUUGCACUCCAAGGAGCUAUUGUGCAUCCAGGGCAUGCCUCCCCAGGUCUGGCCCAACUGGCACAACAUUAGGUACAACAAUCCCCAUCUCUUGAUGCACAUCUGGCACCCCAAGCUCCUCGCCUGGGAGGCCUUAGGUGACCAUACCUUUGAUCUCCCAGUUGCUGCUCCUCCUUCCACAGGUCCAAUUCCAGUGGACCUUCCCUCCCCACCCAUCUGCGCUGGCAAUGUCACUGGUCCCUGCACUGGCACCACCACUGAGUUCUGGGACAAGGGGAAAGGUAAGGCCAUUGAUGCUGACCCAGAGCCUGAGGUGGAAGGGAGCUGGAAGAGGAAGUCUCCCAUGAUUUCAGGACUCUCCUCCCAACCACCAAAGUCUGUGAUGAAGACUCGCAAGCGUGUGAAGUCCUCUCACUGGGUGAUGUCCAAGCCCCUAGUGGACUUGGAAGAUGAGGAAGAUGUGGGUAUUCAGCCAUUUUCAGGUGGAGUGCCAGAUGUCAUCCUUCCCCGGCUCUCCAAUUCACCUAGAUCAUCCUGGGUUCCAACCAAAAAGCUCUUUGGCCCUGCUACAGUGAUUGCUGGCAGUCACCCAGCAGUCAUCAAGCCCUCCCAGCCGACUCCUGAAAGCCUGGUGGAGGCACCCCCAGUCAUCGAUGGAGGUGAUAUUCUCACUCCUGGACCAGUUUGCACCAAGCUAAACUGGGACUGUGCAACUCGGUUGGACAAGAGGACUGGGAAUCCAUGUAUGUUGUGCAUCUGCUGCACAACAAAGAAGGUCAAGUGCAUCCCAGCAACUAUGGGUACCCUGCUGAAACACGUUCAUGAAUCCUCUACCACCUGGAACACAAGGUCCAGGACACCCUCCAAGGCUCCCUCCAAAGCUCCCCCUGCCUCCCAAUCCAAGGCCCAGACUCACAGUCAGUCUCAUGGCAAGUCUGGAACUCUGGGUGUCACAGCUGUGACAACCCCCAAGACCCAGAUGCAUGGUCACAGCAAGACCAUCACUGCUGUCAAGGCACCCGCACCUGCACCAGCUUCACUUCUGCCUUCAAGUUCAGCAGUGCCUGCUCCAGCACCCAGCCCAGCAGUCCCUGCUGCAGCACUUGACCUGCCCAUGCCAGAUCUCCAUGCCAUGGCAAUUGUGAUUUGGGAUGGUGCAGCUCACACAAACUUGAAACUCAUACAUUUUGACAACUGUCAAGUUUCAGGUUUUGGGACUUGGUGA